AUGGGUGGCAAAGGUGGGAGUGGCGGUGGUAGCAAAGGUAGUGGGAGUGGCGGUGGUAACAAAGGUAGUGGAAGUAAAGGUGGGGGCAGUGGUGCUGCUGGAAAAGGUGGAGGCGGAGGAGGCAGGGUUUCGGGAAUGAUGGUAGCUCCGGGGAGUGGAGGGGCAACAUUUAUUUCGAGGGGCUCUUUGGAAAGCAACCCCCAGGGUUACUUCUCUGGCCUCCAUUCAAGCGGAAAGGGCAACAAGUAA